AUGCACGACACCAUGUUGUAAGAAAAAAAUUUAAAGAACUUCGUAUAAAAAAAGAGAAGAGCAUUUUCGAAGUGUAAACCACCCCGAAUUGCGCUUAAUUAUAGAAACUCUAUUUUUGGCUAAGGAGAACCGUUGGGGAAAUUUUUUUUUCAUUGGUCGCUGUAUGUAAACGGUACCCAGUGUGACGGUACUGCGCCACGACGACUACUGCCACGAUGGCCGAGGAGACUGACACAAACGAUAAAGCGACGAUGGAAAGUAUAGCGCAAAAUAUACUCGAGGUCGGUACCGGAGGUGGGUCUGCAACGAACGAAGUAUCCGCAUUAGAGUUUCAAGCAUCACAAGUGAUUUCGAGGCUCGAGGAAGCCGUGGAGAGGGCAGCCGACGGUGGCGGUACUACCUGGAAUAAUCCUUCUGGGUUUCUUUCACAGUCAAAAACAACCGAUGAAAUAUUAACUUUAAUUCAGGAUUUGGUAAUUCACGAAGACGCUCCUCAACCGGCAGAAGAUGGAUCAACAGAAACAGCGACGAGCCAAGUGACUACGUUGCCGACAUUAACAGAACCAGCUAAAUUGGCAUUGAUCGCGCAUACAGUUUCCGCUUACGCUCUCGCUCUUCCAAAAUCGCAUGCUCAGAGAUUGGCUGGUCGUUUAGCCGCGGACACAACAAGAUGGCUAAGUCAUAUUUUUCGUUUCGUCGAUUGUGCUGCCUCGUUUCACGAGGAUCACCUGGAAGGAUUAGUCAGGGUAACCAGAUUAGCGCUGCAUCGAAAGUAUCCUCGUUACAUGGAAGAAGGUUUCACAGCGCUGGCAGCCUCUCCACCUUUAAUUUACAGCUCUGUGGCUGCGCCUUUAGGCGUGGUGCAGCAUCUUUGCAGACAACUUUCAUUGCCUCUUCAUUGUGUGAGGCCCAUCCCCCAUAAUACGAUGUUUGGGUCACGGUACAGCAUGGAUGUAUCUGCUUUGGAACGAAGACUGGCAGAAGAUACACAAUCGAAUAACGUAACGCCGCUCCUUGUAUUGGCAGAAGCAGGUUCAGUGUUAACAGGCCAUUGCGACAAUAUUGCCAGGCUUCGUGCAAUUUGUGAUAAGUAUAACGUGUGGCUCCAUCUCAGGGGACACUCGCUGGCUGCGUUAGCGUUGAAUAAUUCUGCAAAAGAUCUGCCUUCUAAGAUCGCUGAUAGUAUUACGCUGCCUCUCGGUGUAUGGCUGGGUAUACCGUCGUUGCCAGUAAUUACAUUGUACAGAUUAACGGAUACGAAAGGUGGUCGUCCAACUCCAAGAGACACGACCUUGUCUUUGGUGUCAGGUUUAAUGACAGAUUCGCUGUCAAGACGUUUACCUACUUUACCAUUAUGGGCUACUUUACAAGUACUAGGUAGAGACGGUGUAUAUAACAGGUUAAAGAGAUGCUUUUUGGCUGUGGAAGAAUUGCACAACAAAAUAAAGAAGUUUUCUUGUAUAAGGAUAUUGAGUCAACCACCCGGAGGUGAAACAGGGUCUUACACGAUAAGUGAACUACUAACAAAUCCCGUGAACAGUCCACAAUUAUUUGAAACCGUGGCCAGCGCUUUAGUGUUUCAAUUUGUGCCCGCGGACAGGGAUCCUCAAUCGUCGGAACGAGUUCCCCCGUACUACGACAAAUUAAAUUCCUGGCUGGGACAAAUUCUUCAAAGAGACAUCGAGAACGUACAAAUAGAGUUGUGCGAGAUUGAACAUCAUGGCGUGGCAAUUCGUAUUUGUCCCCUGGAAAAUCCAGAGCAACCUCCCUCCACCGAAGACAUAGAUAACGUAGUGGCUUGUCUCGAGCAACAGAUAGAAAUACUACUAGCCACCGUCGAACACAAGGCAACGUUUAUGAGAUUAGUUUCUGAGAAUGAUUCAUUGCAUUUAGUGGAAAUGCCUGGUUGGGCAGGUCUCGGCGGAGUACGUUACGCUCCUCCCACUUGGAUCCACGUUAUGACUGACCAAGCAAAAGAGGAACUAAAUCGAUUAAACACGCAACUGGUUGAAGCUUUGCGAAACACGGAUGCAGCGUUUUCUUUAGGAGAAGGAGCUGACGGUCUGGCUUGUGUGCGAUUUGGAAUGGUUACACAAGACACAGAUGUGGCAGAGUUACUGUCUUUAGUGCUGCAAGUGGGUCAAGAAGUAGAAGCUAGCUCCAAAUUGCUAGAUACUAUAUCCGAGGUCGUUAAGAGAGGCAUUGAAGCUGCACAGACAGACUUAGAGAGGGAAAAUGCGGAGAAAUUAUGGCAAGAGGGUAUUCUUAGACACGUCCCAGUUGUGGGAACUUUUGUGAACUGGUGGAGUCCUCCUUCGAAAGAGACUGGAGUACGUGGACGCAGUUUAAAUCUACAAGCUGGAGUGGUUGAGAGCACAGAAAAUAUUUACAAGUAUCAUAUGCAACUGCAACCUAACUCUACGGUGAUUAAUGGAUCCGGUGCUAGAACUCCACCGCAGCCUCUCGUGCAAACACCAGUUGGAGCUGGUAGUCAAAGUCACAGUCGUUCAUCGAGUCAUUCUAGUUUGCAAAGUGGCAAAAGUGUCUCUGUGAUCACAAAUGCAGUGUCCCAUCCACAGGUGAAAGAGGAGCCUAGCCAGGUGAAGUCGUAGUGAUUAUUAAACGUUAUUGACCGACAGUAAAUUGUGUUCAAGUCCAUGGACUUGACGAAGAAACGCUCUAGGUGAAACGGAUGUUUCUCGUGGAAGAUACAUUUUACAUUCACGGAGCAAAGCAAAAGAUUAGCAUCUAAAAAGCGCGUAUCGUGCAGCUUGGAUUUAACCAAGAUACAGACACACAACGCUUCAUAUCGUUCUUUCCUUCAUGAAACAUUUCAUGUUAUUUUUUUAUUUCUCUACUGAUUUUGCUUUUUCUUCAAGAUCUAACAUUCGAGGAUUUCUUACACGGUCUAUGAAAUGUGGCUUGUGUACUUAUCAGACUACCAUAAUCUGUAAAAGAUGUAUUUGAUAACGAGUAAUAACCGUUAUCAUUUACCAAAGUAUUUCUCAUAGCACAAUAAUCGGAAAUACAUCUUGUUAUUAAUUUCCUUGAUGCAACUUUAGAAGUUGUCUUAUCGAGUUUAGUUAGUUCAAUGAGUAUCGAGUAUAUAAUACAACGCUAAAGUAAAUAUAGUAGAAUAAUUAAGUUCUUAAUGACAAUACUUUACACGACUUUAUAUGCACAUACAUUCUGAAUAAAUUUUUCAACCAGAUUUCCUGUGCGCUUAUCAGUUUUUAUUUUCCAAGCAACGCUUCUAUUGUUAUAACGAUCCUAACGAAAUUUUAUUCUAUUCCGAAGCACAAUGUAUACGUUUAAGCACGAAAAGAACACAAAAUCGCGAUCGCUUCAAAUAUUUUAAAUAACAUCCGCGCUAAUAUUUCUUCGUAAGUACUAAGCUUUUUUAAAGUUAAAAGCAGUCCAACGAAAUGCGUUAAAAAGGCAGACAGAAGAAAAAAUGGAAACAGUGUUCCACCGAUUAAAAGAUAACCAAAGAGAUACUUUAGAUCUACGCUCGAGCGACUUGAAUCGUUGCUAUGUAAUAAUAUGUAAUUUUUGAUGAAGCAUGAGUUCCGUCGAAUUUAAAAGAAGUACAUAAUGAAACGUUCAUAUUACUAUAAUACCCAGUAAAUUGUUGAUAGAAACCUUGAAUGAAAAGAAAUUAAGCUGUAUGUAUAUUUAUGUACUAAAUUGUUGUAAUAAAGUAUUGCAAACGAAUAAAUCAUUCAAGAAUAAACUGGAAUUAUAUCUCAUCGAAAGAAUUAUGCCAGAGUGAGAGAACAAUGAGUAUUAACGAGUUAAGAUUAUACACAUUUGUAGCCAAGAACCUUGUAAGUACACAUGCAUAUUAUUUUGAAUUUACGCGCGUACAUCGACUAAUCGGUAGCAAGGUGCGCGCGCAUCCGCGCAUGCACGCCAGAAUCAAAGACGAAGUACGUUUUUACAUGGAAUUAAAUACAUGCUAUUUUAAAUAAAAUACGAAUGCGAUGAUAUAAUUGAACGAAUACACUCACAAAAUUGUAGAUCUUACGGUUUUUUUAUUUUUCUUCUCAUUAAUAUUUGUGUUACCAUUACAAUAAGAGGAAUUAAGUCUGGAAUAUGGCAAUUAGACGUAAUCGCAAUGCACAAAAACGAUAUCGAUUAACGAGUUUCGUUUUACUUUAUAUAUAUAUAUAUGCCUCUCGAAGAAUUCUCUUUACAAUACACGCUUGAAGUGCUUCUCUUCUCGCGUACAAAAACACCAUAGAAAUCUUAAACUUACGUAAAGUCUCGUUAGCCUCUGCACACUUUGUAACUAAAUCUCUUUCGCACACCGAGAGAGAACUGAAAUAAAAAGAAAUAAAAUACGUUAUCGCGAAUCGACUGUAAAAGGCCUAUGGAUUUCAUAAGAUUUAUCGGACGAACAAACGGGCGAUAUUACGAUACACGCCAAAUCGACCGUAUUGAAAACUGCCUUCGUAACGAAGAUACUUCGUAUCUCGAGUAAGCACUUAUGCGCGAUUUGAUUGGCGCGAUACGUUCGAUAAAUCGAUUCGAUUAGUUGAGGCAUAGAGUCCGGUACAAAAUGUUUACAAAUUCAAACGCUAUAUUGUUCGAACAUACGUAACGAAAUAUUUAACUAUUUGACGGAAUUUACAAUUAAGUAGGAACCACGUAUAAUAGAUUUGUGCACGAGACACAAGGAAAACGUAAAAAUGUUGGGAAACAUUUGGCCCGCUAAAGCAUACAUACUGUAUUUAUAAUACGAAAUAGAUUUGAUCGCUAUAAAUCGAAUAUGCAAGACAAAUAUCGUCACACGAUUAUUGUAUCAAAACGAUGCGGAAAUAAAAUGCGGAUCUAAGAAGAUAAUGUUCAAUCGAUGCAACUGGAUAUUUAGAAUGAAACGAUACUUUCUUUGUUUCCUAAAUCGUACUUAAGAUUAAAUUUGACUUAAAAGUUUAAUGGCUGGAAACGAAGAGUAAAAUUUUCUCCGAAGAAACAACGAAUCGUUCGUCCACGUGUUGGGAAAAACUUGAGCCGCGUGGAAAAACAGAAUUUGGCAAGAGAUCCAUCGUUUACACCCGGAUAUUGAACGUGUACGAAAAGAAAAACCUUUGUUUCUACUGACUAGGAUGUUUCUCCUUUUCGAUACAAUUAAAGGGGUUAAUUCGAUCUUAUAUUUAAUUAAUUUAACGUCUAGAUCUAUGGUCUCGCUAGGUCUACGCUACGCUCUUCUUCCCGUUAAUAAAUAUUACAAAUAUUUACAAUGGAUGAAAACGCUUUACCUAAUCAUGCUUCGGCUACCUACACCAUUUCCAUGCUCGUCGGACAUAAAAUUCAUCAUAUAAACGAUACAAAUCAUUAAUACAAUUUGAUACGCAAUGUAAUUCCUUGCUAAAAAAUAAACCUUGAGGAUCUAGUAAUUUUAAAGAUACUUCGAUAUAAUCAACUGUUAACAGGAUAAAUAUUAAUUGCUUCCAACUAUGA